GAAAUAGAGUUAAUGUAUCUUUUAAAGGACGAGGUGGGGCUGGGGGUUGGAGGAGUAGAUCUCUAAGACUCCUUUAUAGAGUUUAACUUCCAAUACUCCAAUAGAAGUUCCUUGCUCAGUCUUGGAGUACUGAUUUUAUUUUAUUUUUUUUCAUCUCUGAAGCAGUUAGCUCCACCUGUCUCAGGGGGAAUCUUGGUGGAACCCUUGGAGGACCCUCUGCUGCCCUCUGCUUUUGUGUGACUGGUGAGAAUACAUGAGUUUUCAGCUGCAUGUCAAGCUGACUUGGCUAAAGACUUUGAAUUACCCCUGAGUUUAGAGAGGCUAAAAGGACGGAUCAUUGAAAGAGAUUUGUCAGCCUUUUAUUAUCUGCUGGAUAAAAUUUAAAUGCACGGUCCUCUUAGUUGCUUUCAAUUAAUUUGUUUAUUUACUUAAAAAAAAUCUUUUGCAAGGUAUGGGGACUUCAGUUUAGCAUGCUUUAAAAAAAACUAGUUAAUUAAUUUGAAGAAGUUGAAGGCUGACGUAGUUUAUUUUAGAGUUUCUCAAAAAGUCACUUUUUAGUGAGUGGUGAAUUGUGUUGCAAUGUCUUGGUGCUUUGUCUUGGUAAGCUAGUGCGAUUUCAGUGUAGAGUUUGUUCUUCCACAAGCAGCUUGCUACACUGGGCCCAGGGAAUUGUAUUAAUACCUGGACAAUCUCUUCUGCCACCCCACCAGUGCUAAGGAAGCUCUAGCCCUGAUGUUCAGGGUGAUGUUCAUAAAAGUCAGGGUUUCCCCUCCCCCCGCUGCUGAAAAGUGAAAGGGGACUAUUUUAAUGCAUCCACAGAUUUAGGUUAUAAUUUAUUUUCUUUUUGUGGUACUGUUUAAAAAAGUGAUAUAAUGACAGGGCAGACUCUUGACUUUAGUUCAGUGCUAAAACAAACAUGUACGAGCCCGAGUCGGGGAGCCCGGGGUGUGCUUGUGGUAGCACAGAAAUAAAGGAAAAUACCUUCAAAACCAGUCUCUUCCUCUAAAGAAGAAAGCUGGUUUGGGAACAUGUGGCUUUGGGUCUCUGCUUAGGUUGUAACUGUCAUUUAAAGGAUAUCUUGUCUGGUGUGGACGUUCUGCGUGCCUGUGCCUUUAGAGAUGCAAGCUUCAGAGAGGGCUGCUCCUGGCACCCAUUCUCCUCAGCAAGCUUGCUACCCUCUCUUUCCAUUUCUCCAGCGCUUCCUGUUUCCUGCCCUUUGUGACAGCAUCUUACACUGUAGCCUAGGCUAGCCUGAACUAUGAAACCCCGCCUGGCUUCUGACUCACAGCAAACCAUUCCUGCCUCAACAUCCCAAAUGUUCAGAUGAACUACUACCACACCUGAGGCUUACAGUUCCUCCUAGCAUGACCGAGAUCUGAUCAGCCAACCCGCGCAUUGCUUUUUGUGCCUGGCACUGCAGUGCAGGGGGCCUCUUCAUCGCCCCAAACUACAGCACUGUCAUGGCAGCUGCCUCUACUUCCAGCCCUGUAAUUUCACAGCCCCAGUUCACAGCCAUGAACGAACAACAGUGCUUCUACAAUGAGUCUAUCGCCUUCUUUUAUAACCGGAGUGGGAAAUAUCUAGCCACAGAAUGGAACACAGUGAGCAAGCUGGUGAUGGGACUGGGCAUCACUGUUUGCGUGUUCAUCAUGUUGGCCAAUCUCCUGGUCAUGGUGGCAAUCUACGUCAACCGCCGCUUCCAUUUCCCUAUUUAUUACUUGAUGGCCAACCUGGCUGCUGCAGACUUCUUCGCUGGAUUGGCCUACUUCUACCUGAUGUUCAAUACAGGACCUAAUACCCGGAGACUGACUGUUAGCACGUGGCUCCUCCGGCAGGGCCUCAUUGACACCAGCCUGACAGCUUCUGUGGCCAACCUGCUGGCUAUUGCUAUCGAGAGGCACAUCACGGUUUUCCGCAUGCAGCUCCAUACACGAAUGAGCAACCGGCGCGUGGUGGUGGUGAUUGUAGUCAUCUGGACUAUGGCCAUUGUGAUGGGUGCUAUACCCAGUGUGGGCUGGAACUGCAUCUGUGAUAUCGAUCACUGUUCCAACAUGGCACCCCUCUACAGUGACUCCUACUUAGUCUUCUGGGCCAUUUUCAACCUGGUGACCUUUGUGGUCAUGGUGGUUCUCUACGCUCACAUCUUUGGCUAUGUUCGCCAGAGGACUAUGAGGAUGUCUCGGCAUAGUUCUGGACCCAGGAGGAAUCGGGACACCAUGAUGAGCCUUCUGAAGACUGUGGUCAUUGUGCUUGGUGCCUUUAUUGUCUGCUGGACUCCGGGAUUGGUCUUGUUAUUGCUGGAUGUGUGCUGCCCGCAGUGCGAUGUCCUGGCCUAUGAGAAGUUCUUCCUCCUCCUGGCCGAGUUCAACUCUGCUAUGAACCCCAUCAUCUACUCCUACCGCGACAAAGAGAUGAGCGCCACCUUCAGGCAGAUCCUGUGUUGCCAGCGCAACGAGAACCCUAAUGGCCCCACGGAAGGCUCUGACCGCUCUGCCUCCUCCCUCAACCACACCAUUCUGGCUGGAGUUCACAGCAACGACCACUCUGUGGUUUAGAAGGAAGCCAGCCGGCCUCUGUGGAUCUGUGAACCCCACCCUACCCCCCAUUGCCAGGGCAAGGUGGGGAGCCAGAGGAGAUGAGGACACUCCUGUACUUAACACUAACCAAUGGCAGUAUUUGUCCCUAGACCCAAGAGACUUGAGGAUGAAUUUAUUUGGCAGGCCCCAUCUUCUCCUUUGGAAAACAGAAGGGGACCGUCUUGUGGUGGAAUUGAGAAAUGGACUCUGGGGUGACCGUGUAGCAUUCACUAACUAGACUUAAAAGAUUUUAUGUGGUUUGGCUUAAGCCAGGAAAAAAAAAUCUGCUGAAUUGAGUAUACAAUCGAGUAUACACAGGCUUCCCCUUUAAAGAACAAACAAUACAUUGCAUUUAUUAAUGAGUAUGUUUAUGCCUGACAGCAUGUUUGUGAUCGAAAAGACUGCUAAACUGACAUAGAUGAGUUGUUUUUUUUUUUUUGUUUUUUGUUUUUUUUUACAUGAUGGAGGAAAAGUAUAAAUUAGAAUGAUUUUUGUGUUUGUUUAGAAAGCAAGCAUGUGGUGUGUGUAUUCAGUAUGCCUUUCUUUAAAGAUAAAAGGCCACUAUUUUAAAUCUUCUAGGGAAUAGAAGAAUCUAGUAAAAACCAGUAUUCAUUUAGGCUACAGGAAAAACCAUAUCCUAAUCAAUUACCUUUUAAUUAAAGUAAUGAAAUAUACAUGAAAGGCAAAGUAAUGUGAGCUUGUCACCCAAAGAGUGUGUGCUCUCCAAACGCUGGAGGAGAUGAAGCUGUAGCGUUGUCCCUGCAUAGUGAAGAUACCCACGUGCGUUCUCAGUGCCAGACCCUCAGUGGGACUUGUUUUAAAGCCUGUGGUUUUCCAAGUUAGAAAAUAAUACCUACUUACUAUAGAAAACUUGAAAAUUGCAGAACUGUGUGAAAAAAGAAAAAAGAAAGAAAGAUUGCUGAUAUACGACCUGGAAGUAGCCAUCUUUCCCUGCUCACCCACGUAUGCCUAUAGACAUAUAUUAUAUACCUUUUUUUUUUUUUACAUAAUCGGGUUGAUAUUGUAAAAUGUUUUGUAACUUUUUCUUUCAGAAUUGCCAGGUUUUUCUAUGGCAUUUUUUUUCAAAAACAGUGUUAGCGGCUAUAUAAUAUUCCAUUUAAUGGAUGCAGCUCAGUUUAUUUAACCAUUCCUGUAUUGUUGACUAUGUUUUUAAUUUUUUUCAUUAUUAUAAUAUUGGAAGAAUCUUGUGUAUAUAAAACUUUGCCAGUAUCAUUGAUGAUUUACUUGGGCUCCAUUCCCAUGAAGGACCUACUUUUAAAAUGUGAAAUGUCCUCAUGUGUUGUCACUUUAUAAAAAGGGAUAUUCUACCCUCAAACUGCAGGGGUGACCAUGCUGACAAAAAGCUCAGAAAUUACCUUUUUACAAAAGAAACACAGUGGCUACUUUAGUUGCGAAUGGGUUCUUGACAAGAUGUUUCCCAAUAACCCAGACCCUUAACAUAACUAGCAAAUUUACUUUAGUAGGAACUGGUGAUCCCUUUCUGGACACAAGAAAACACAAAGACAUCAAGCAUCAGAGUGAAUCCAGCAAUGCAGUACCAAGCAGCCUGGGUGGGGUGUGCUAGCAACUGGCUGCUGUGUGGUCUCCAGCAAUCACCCAAUGGACACCCUGUGUUCAGAGAUGCCCAGUACAGUGUCCUGGAGACUAAGGUCUCUAAUGUCAUGCUAUGAGGAACAAGGAGGAAGAAGAAUAGUCCUGAAGCAGGUGUGGAGAGGUCAGGAGGACGUCUGAGAGAAGGCAGUCCUGCCAAGAGUGGCAUUCUAGGGAGGAGGAAGGCAGGGUGUGGCUUGUGUCUGGACAGUCAGUGGUAGGCAUGUGACAUUUGCCUGGUGGAAAAAAAAUAAGUAGGCGGAGAUCCAGUUAGCAGGACAAAGAUUUUGCUCGAGGAUUCACAAAAUGCAAAGAAAUUUAUACUGGAAAUGAGUGAAACGAACUUGGACUUUUAUUGAUGCCCUUUUUAUGGGGGAGGUAAGGACUAUUUGAAUUGAAAAGCAUACUAAUUGAACCUUAAUAAAUCAUUCUCAAUCAGUGUUUGGCGA